AUGGCUGAGUCGUCCUUCAAGCAGAAGACGAUGAAGAGGAAGAACGUCAAGGGCCUAGCACUCAGCGCUCCCCCACCCAAGCCCGCUCCUUCCGCUGGAGAUGCCCAAAUACCCGGCGCCCGAGCCAACGAUGAGAAGCAGGAUACCCUUGAGAUUGGUGUUGAGUUCCAGCUAGACCUGAAGGCCGAGGAUCUGAUAGUGCUGCGGGAACUGGGUCACGGAAACGGAGGAACGGUCAGCAAAGUGCAGCACGCUGCUACCAAGGUUAUAAUGGCGAGGAAGGUCAUACAUGUCGAGGCGAAGAACGAAGUGCGGAAACGAAUCGUGCGAGAACUCCGAAUCAUGCACGACUGCAACUCGGAUUACAUUGUCGACUUUUAUGGUGCCUUCCAAAAUUCUUCCGGGGACGUGAUAAUGUGCAUGGAGUACAUGGACGUGGGGUCGCUCGAUUGGGUCUCACGAACAUUUGGGCCAGUCCGCGUUGACGUACUCGGAAAGAUCUCAGAGGCAGUGCUCGGAGGCCUCGCCUACCUCUACAGCGCCCACCGUAUCAUGCAUCGCGAUCUCAAGCCCUCGAACAUCCUCGUAAACUCAAAGGGAAACAUCAAGCUGUGCGACUUCGGUGUCUCAAGUGAGCUGGAGGGAUCUAUUGCCGAAACAUUCGUAGGAACAGGCACAUACAUGGCGCCAGAGCGGAUACAAGGGUCUCCCUACACCGUCAAGUCCGAUGUGUGGAGUGUUGGACUCACACUUAUGGAAUUGGCCAUUGGAAAGUUUCCCUUCGCUGGAAGCGGCGAUGACGACGAAGCUGGAGGCCCACAGGGUAUCCUGGAUCUUUUGCAGCAAAUCGUUUUGGAACCCUCACCAAAGCUGCCAAAGAGUGAUGCUUUCCCGUCAAUUCUUGAGGACAUGAUUGCAAAGUGCUUGAUGAAGGACCCAGCGGAGCGACCAACUCCCAAGGAACUAUACGACCAUGACGCUUUCCUCCAAGCCGCAAAGCGCACGCCCGUCGACUUAGAAGCAUGGGCCAUAUCCAUGAUCGAACACAACAAGCGCAAAUCCCACCUCGCCCCUGCCGCACCCGCAGCGACCAUCAAAGAGAAGCUCCGCGAGCGAUCUCCUCCCCACAAGCGAGACUCCAGCGACCCCAGACAAAGAGUGGCCAACGGCGAACAGGAACCUGCACCCCGACGACCUUCAUACCCUACACGGACAUCGAGCAGCGGCAAUGUUAUGAACCUGCCCAUGCGACCUGCGCCACCUGUAGACAGCCCAGGAAGUAGACCAGGGAGCAGGGGACCGUCGGCGAAUGGGUUACCACCUCAGCCCAGGAGGUGGAACAGCGAAGUGCAAUAG